CUCCCCGCUUUUCCCUCCCCUGGCCCGUUCCCCUGUUCUAGGGCGGUGGUAGAACCCAGUUUUUUUCCCCCGAGCUUUUCAGCGUCGGGAGGGUCCCUCAGUCGCCUCUCGCCAUGGCGAGUAGCAGCGGUUCCAAGGCCGAGUUCAUCGUUGGAGGCAAAUACAAGCUGGUGCGAAAGAUCGGGUCGGGCUCCUUCGGGGACAUCUAUUUGGCGAUCAACAUCACCAAUGGGGAGGAAGUUGCUGUAAAGUUGGAGUCUCAGAAGGCUAGACAUCCCCAGCUGCUGUAUGAAAGCAAACUAUACAAGAUUCUGCAGGGAGGAGUUGGCAUCCCACAUAUACGGUGGUAUGGCCAAGAAAAGGAUUACAAUGUUCUAGUUAUGGAUCUUCUUGGGCCCAGCCUUGAAGACCUAUUCAACUUCUGUUCUCGCAGGUUUACGAUGAAAACAGUACUUAUGUUAGCAGACCAGAUGAUCAGUAGAAUUGAAUAUGUGCACACAAAGAAUUUUAUACACAGAGACAUUAAACCAGAUAACUUCCUAAUGGGUAUUGGGCGUCACUGUAAUAAGUGUUUAGAAUCUCCAGUGGGGAAGAGGAAAAGAAGCAUGACUGUUAGUACUUCUCAGGACCCAUCUUUCUCAGGAUUAAACCAGUUAUUCCUUAUUGACUUUGGUUUGGCCAAAAAGUACCGGGACAACAGGACAAGGCAACACAUACCAUACAGAGAAGACAAAAAUCUCACUGGCACAGCUCGAUAUGCCAGUAUCAAUGCACAUCUUGGCAUUGAGCAGAGUCGUCGGGAUGACAUGGAGUCUCUAGGUUAUGUAUUGAUGUACUUUAACAGGACCAGUCUCCCUUGGCAAGGAUUAAAGGCUGCAACAAAGAAGCAAAAGUAUGAAAAAAUCAGUGAAAAGAAAAUGUCCACUCCUGUUGAGGUUUUGUGUAAGGGAUUCCCUGCAGAAUUUGCCAUGUACCUGAACUACUGUCGUGGCCUGCGCUUUGAAGAGGCACCAGAUUACAUGUAUCUGAGGCAAUUAUUCCGUAUUCUUUUCAGGACCUUGAACCACCAAUAUGACUACACAUUCGACUGGACAAUGUUAAAGCAGAAAGCAGCACAGCAGGCAGCCUCUUCCAGUGGGCAGGGGCAGCAGGCCCAAACCCCCACAGGCAAGCAAACUGACAAAUCCAAGAGUAACAUGAAAGGUUUCUGAGCAUGGCGAGGAUGGGACAGAGCAGAGCAGAUCGGAGCAGGACUUGUCACUCCCCAAAUCCUAGAAAUUUUAGUUCAUACGUACACUUGCCAGUGGCUGUGGGCAACCAUUUACUUGGUGUAAAGAACUUAAUAUCAGUAUAAACUGGCUCUGGGCAGUGUCAAUGAUGCUGCACUUGGAGUUGUAGCAGCUGUAAUUGUGAAUAUUACUGAGAUAGUGAAACAUGGUGUCCAGUUUUCUAUUGCAUUUUUUUCAAGUGGAAAAGUUAACUAAUGGUUGACACACAAGUGGAGAAAAUUGUGCAUAUGCCAAUUUUUGUUACCUUUUUACUUUGAACUACACUGCUUUAUGAGAUCUCAUUGUUUUGGAAGAAUGGCAUGAACAGUCUUCGGCAACAGUUGUGAUAAUUGUAAAUGCUCACAAUUGUGCACUCUUUUCUGGUUAUUCCUCCCUGGGUUUUGAAAGUUGUACACUUAAAACAUUCUUAAAAGUUGUUGGCUUCUAUGUGCAACAUACCAAGCCAGCUGACAUGGUAGUAACCAAAGAUUCCAGUUUUUAAGCGUAUGAAAGACUCUGCCUGCUUACCUGUGCUAGAAAUAACAGCAUCUAAAGUGAAGACUUAAGAGAAACUUAGCGACUACUAGAUAAUCUUUAGGACUCUGCAUUAACUCUAUAAUGUUCUUGGUAUAAAAGGAAAAAAAAAAAAAGCAGCAUAUUUGUCACGAAAUUUAGUUAACAUCUUACAACUGAACCUGUAUGUAAGUUGCUUAGAUAAAUGUAAUCACUGUAAACAUCUAUAUGAUCUGGGAUUUUGUUUUUAUUUUGAAGCGGGAGCUUUUUUUUUUUUUGUU